CACAUCUCUCUCUUAGUAUAUUCAUUAUAUUUUUUGUUUAGCCACUCUCUUCUCAUAUACAAAUGUCUACCGAGGGCAAUACUGUUGUUAUAAUUCAUUGGAAUGGCUCUACAUACAUCUCAAAAAAUAUGAUGAAAUAGAGUACUCCAUACCUCCUAGAGCGGUACUAUUCAUUAGUGGAGAGAUGGAGGCCGAAGACACAUAUUUCCCAUCUUCCAUUCGGUGAGGUCGACAUUCGUCUACAAGAUGUGUUGAUCAUCCUUGGUUUGCCCAUUCGGGGUAUGCCCCUCAGUGGUCCAAUCAUUAAGAGUAAGGCUAAGUGGAUCGACCUGUGCACGCAGUCGUGUGGUUUCACUCCUCUAGAGACUGAUAUACGCACGAGUGAUAUCACCAUGAGUGUUGUUACCCGUCACCCGAUCAUACCUGACAGUACAGACGAAGAGGUCACCCAACACACCAGGACCCUAAUAUGGCAAUUGCUUAGAGGGUUUUUGUUCACUGACACAAGUGGGACAAGAAUAAGAUUGUACUUUUUGGAGGUCUUGGAUUGUGACUUGGCUUUAGCCCGUCGAUGGAGUUGGGGAUCAGUGGUUCUCGGGUACCUCUACCAUAACUUGUGCAAUGGUGCCAAGUGGGAAAUCAAAAAAGUUGGCGGUUGUAUGCACUUGUUACAGAUUUGGGCUUGGUCGAGGAUUUCGAUGGUCCGUCUCUCAGUACUUCAGGUCAUUCAACACGACCAUCUUCCAUAUGGGUGCAGGUGGAUCGUCCCCAAGUCAUAUAAGGGAUCCCCAAGACACUGCAUACGCUUGUACUGUGAUGACCUAGACCGCAUGAGUUAGAGCCAGUUUGAUUUCACUCCCUACGCGUUCGAGACACUCCCACCACCUAUCAUCCUUCAUGACGCUCCGCUUUGGUCGGCUAGGGUCAUGCUCAUAUUUUGCAAUAGUUACAUAUAAGGCAAGAUACUCCAAUGCUCCUUUGGCGGGUACUAAUAAUCACGGCAAUCGUUCCAGCAUAGUAACCGGUGCCUUGGCGUUGUGGGCGGACAUACAACAUAAUAUAUAUUUUCUUGAUUAUGAUCGACAUAUGUCCCUCGAAGCAACUAAUAGGUACCGAAAAUGGUACAAGAAGCAUGGUAUGACACGUGUCCAGAACCCUUCUCACAAUGUGCCCACGACAGGUUACACCCCAACAUCACACGAUUGAGGUAUUAUGAAGCAAGGAUUUUACGAGGUGUAUCAGCUCUUAGCCGACCACGCGAGUUAUGAGGACUGUAAAAAACGCCUACGGGGGAUGGCCCUGGACGUAGGUGAUGAAGAGAUGCUCCGCCGAGGCAUAUUCCAUUAUGAAGAUGAAGAUGAAGGUGGAAGUGACGAAGAGGAUGAUGUAGAUGAACAUGAAGCUGGGGGUGAGCACUCACAAUCGCCCCCUCAAUUCUCAACACAGGGUUUCUCAUUUGAUCAACCACUGCCGUAUUAUGAUUCUUAUCAGUACCCCACACAAGCGGGUGAUUAUGUUGAUUCAUUUCUGGAUUCGUCGUUUUACUAUGGAGACACAGUGGGGCCUUGGAACACUGGCGGUGGGGGCGGAGCAGGGCCGAGCACGC